UUUCAGACUUCCUGCACGAGCGGCAAACUAGGCUCUCCGCCAUCUUCUAACGAUCACCAUGGCCGAGAGCAAGAGGGUCACUGUGACAUAUUCCCACGGAGCGGAUGCCGACGAGACGACGGCGGCUAUUGCCUUUGUGGAUGAGCUUCAGUCAAAGCUACCGCUUCGCAAUGUAGGCUGGCAGAACCCGCUCGGCAGAGGGGCAACGAGGCCGCCAAGGGUCAUUGAUGCUUUGGAGAUCGACGUCAAACGAUAUCAUGCGGAUAUGUUCCCACGCGUAAUGCCGGGAACGCUUUAUCAUAGCCCUUAUUUCCUUCACUUGUAUCUAGUGGCGACAGAUGAGACUGAGGCAUAUAAGGCGAAUAUCAGAAAAUCGAUACAAGAAUGGCUGAAUGUUGUUGCCAAUAAGAAAAACCAAGAGUGGCUGAUUGUAUAUCUGAACAACCCUGAUGCGAAAGGCAAAUCUGCUCGUUUCCUUGGUGUGGGAGCGACAACGGUGUAUGAUAAGAUCAAAUCCGAUUUCAACUUCAAGAAGGAACGCUGCAUCCGAAUGAAGUUAUACAACGACCCCCAGAGGGACACCGAGGCGUGGGCGGAAAUGCAAAACCAUCUGAAAGAGGGGAUUCUCAGCAGUUUGAACCAACAGAUCGUGCAAUACGACGAGGAUACCCGCAGAAUAGACCAGCAGAGAUUGAUUCCAGGGUGGAACUAUUGCAAUUACUUUGUUAUGAAGGAAGGUCUUGCUUACACCUUCGAGUUCAUGAAUCUCUUAGAUGAGGCGCUCGUUCAAUACGAUGAAUUGGAGGCUUCCUUCUUUCAAACACUUUCUGAGCAGGGUGCUCCAUGGUUUGCAAACAUCGGUGGAACCGAGGCCGGAGACGAUAGCGGAGACAUCCUGAACCUGCAAAGGAAGCCCUAUAGAGACAGGAUUAUGCAGAACACCGUCUCGAUCUUUGAUUUCCGGAUAUACCUUUUCGCUCGACAAUGUCAGUUGCUGUUCCGGUUACGCAACGCGAACGCCGUUGGAGAGCGCGCGAAAGCCUUCAUUGUACAGAUGGCGAAAUCGCUGAGGGAAAACGAGGUUUCCUUGUACCCAUAUUUCCGCAAAGUAUGGGUAUAUUUUGCAUGCAUCAGCGUAGUUCGCCAUUGCGACGAAGUGAUGGCGAUGCUUUCGCAAACUGCUGAUGCAAUGGCCGCUUAUGAUGGGGUGAAAGCGGAUCUGCUGGAGAUUGCUCGAACACAGCUCCAAGCUCUUGGCGCCGCGUGCGGCGUGUACGAAGAAAUGUUUGUUCCAACGGAAGACGCUGCAGCUGCACCCGUUGGUGACACCACCGCGUUGGUAUCGGCGUUGUCAAAUGCCGAACUGCAAAAUGCUCUGUCCUCAACAGUUGCGUUUGACGAGCUAUAUUUGAAAAUGAUCGCACGUAUCAUCAGCAGCUGCGAGAACCGUGGACGGUAUCGCAUCAACAGGAUGCUGAAAGCAGAACUCGCACACAUCCAUUACUCUCGAGGUCGUAUCCCGGAAGCUGCCAGCCUCUGGGAGUCCUUGACGGGCCGUCCCACGGAUGAGAACUGGCCACUUAUCGAUGAUCUGUUUACAAGCAAGAUGGCGACGUGCUGGCAAAAGUUACAAAAUCAUGAAAAGUAUUUGCAGUCAUGCAUAUAUCUUCUCAGCAACUCUCGCACUAUGUCUGCAGAAAGGAAGCAGCAUUAUUCAACGGAAUUGCUUGUAACCGUCAAGGCUCUCACUCAAGCCUUCAUUGUCCGGAACUGUACCAUCUUAGGAGUCAAAGUUAUGAUCAUCGUCAACAGCGUGGCUGAUGACGAGGGAGCAACAGCCGAGAUCUCCUUGCAAAAUGGCCUGGAGCAGGAGUUUGCCCUGGACGAUGUAACCAUGCGCUUAACAAGCACCGAGGGAAAGGACUACAUUUUCACAAAUCGUGGAGUAGCGAUUGGUCCAGAUUCAGCGGUCAUUGCUCUUGCCGGCGAGAAGAUUUCAAUGUCCGGUACCUACUCCGCAACGCGGCUGGCCCUGCGUCUAGGCAAGCUAGAUCUUGUUUAUGACAAUCUGGGGGCGUUCAACAUAUCCGGAAGCCCCUUACCGCUCCGUGUCACCGCCGGCUUAGCAGACCAAGCGUCCAUCGGCGACAGUCGGAGCAACUUGCAAGUAAAAGUGUUUACAUCCAGUCACUCGAUACAGCAAGGAACGCUCUCGAUUAGCUCUCCGACGCUGUUGACGUUUCCGGCAGUCAAGACCGUGUCGUUCCGGAUUACGUCGGAUACCGAUGGACAGUCGCACAACAAAGAGUGCUCGAUCGAUGCCUUAGAUAACAAGAUCGUGCUGCCAGCCACGGGCGCCCAUGAGGUCAUCACGUUUCUGAUACCGUACAAUGAUCAACUAAGCGGACAGUCCCUAGACCAUGCGAUCAAAUUCGUGAUAGAUUAUACAAGCCAAGAUGGAAAGCAUUACCUCGCCUCUCUCUUAGAAACGCCCAAACUCAAGUUGCCGCUAUCGAUUUCCCACGAAGUUAGUCAUAAUCCCGUGAGCGCUCUGUUGCAGUAUACCCUGACUGGUCGCAAUAACUCGCCAAUACGGCUGUUGGAUGUUGGUCUCAGCAGUAGUUCGCUUAUGAGAGCGGAAUCGUGCUUCAGUAAAGACGAGAGGCUGGUCUUUGAGCAGCAAGAGGUUCCUCUUGUCUACAAGCUGCAGACAGGAGUGGUGCCAGAAGGGAGACAAGGAUCGUUCAAUGAAGCGGUCGACAAAAAGGCGCAAUUGACGAUAUCCUACUGCUAUCUAUCUGAAGAGAUGGAAGCGUAUCUCCUAUCCCGAAUGGACGAAAUGCUCACCACAGCCGGCAUGAACCGCUAUUCCGGUUGCCUAAACUAUUAUGUGCGAGAAACCGUCCUUCCUAAGUUGGAUUUUAUUCAUUAUGCGGUACACGACACCGUUGCGAUUCCUGCACUGGAUGCGGAAGCGCUGCAGACACUUUUACCCUGCGAGAGGCCUGAAAUUGCGAAGCAGCUUGUCAGUUUCAUGAAAGGAUAUCAUGAGGCUUUGCAAGCUAUUUCCGGUCAAGAUGUGCGAGAGCGCGCGUCAGGGUCCGUUCGGAAGCUCCUGCAUAACGCUGAGAUCAACUUAUGCAAGAUCCUCGUCGGAGCGAAAGUCGUGCCUGCCAUCGCUGGGAAUGGGAACAAGUCACUCACUGUCGGCGAGGCAAUGCAAUGUCAGCUCAUCAUCGAAACAUCAAAGUGGGACAGUUCGUUAUCGACCAUCACAGGUCACUAUGAGGUUUCAGCCGACUACGAGUCAUGGAUGUUCGCGGGAAAGAAGAAGGAAUCUCUUUCUCUCGAUGCGAAAACAUCGAGCAUUUUCGAGUUCACGGUUGUCCCAACGCGAACGGGAUACCUUCCCCUCCCCGCGGUCAGCAUACAGACAAGUGAAAGCGGCGUUGCGCUGUUCUACCCAAAUCGGUCGCGUGGGAUUAUUGUGAAGCCUCCAACAUCCGUCUCCCACGAGGUCUUUUUUGAAACUUAGGUGUUAAGACUGGGCAGUGUACUUGUAUCUAUCAUAGCAAUAUAUACUCCGUCGACGGAGCUCACACAGACGCUACCAGGCGUUUUGAGGAGCCUCCCAGAAGACUGUGAAAAGACACAACAACGUGCAAAAUGCCUCAUGAAGUGUCGAUGUUGAGUAUUGCAAUAUAUGAUACGAAUGAGAUUCUGAGAAA